AACAGAGAGACAAGAAAGAAGCAGCGGCAGCAGCGGAGUCGUCAGAUGAAAUUACCGAGGCUGUCAGCGUGUGUCUGAACGCCUCACAUCACCGGCAGAGUCCGGCCGGUGGAGGCGAGGCUGCGCUGCGCUCUGGGGCUGAUUAUCCAGCUGUAGGGCAGCGGGAAUAAAAACAAAAAGAACACAAGUUAAAGUGAUCCUCAGAGCUUACAAUCAGGGACUUGGUGGCACAGAGGAUCCAGUGGAGAAUUAAAAUGCAAAGGAGAGCUCAGAUUAGGAUGAAAAGGUAGAAAAAAAUAAAGAGCACGCAGGAGAUCAGGAGUGUUGAGAGACAAACUAUUUUCUGCAGUGUGAGGGCAGCGGGGAGGAUCUGUGGCUUAAAGCCAUCACGGAGCUGCUGGAGGAGAUGCAUUCUUCAUUCUGAGGAGGAGGAGGAGGGGAGGAAGGAGGGACGAGAGGGGGAGACACAGAGAGAGAGAGAGAGAGAGCGAGAGAGAGAGAGAGAGGUGAGCAGAGCACACACGUCGCACUAUCAACUGAAUCCAUCUAAGAAAACAACUCUGAGGGAGUCCGGAGCUCCGAGCCGCGCAGCCACCAAAAAGGCAAGUUUGAGCUUCCACCUCCGUCCCUCCCUCCCCCCGAGCCGAACGGCGCAGCCACCGGGACGGACGCAGCUGGUCCCCGCGUCAUGGCCCGCGGCGGAUCAGGCGGCGGACACUUCGGCGAGCGCGUCCUCCCCGUUCGGGCAGCAGAGAGUGGAAGAGGAGAAGUGCCUGCCGCUGCUUCCUUCGCUCCUUACGCGCCGCAGACGGUGUUGAGUUAAAUCGGAGGGGAAACGCACACGGUAAAACAAAAUUUACAAAAAAGGAAAAGAGAGGGAAAAAAGUGCGGACGGACACAGACCGAGUGGAAGGACCCAUGCAGCCGAAUAUGCCGUUCCGUGGACUCUCCGGGCUGCUGAUCGGAACGCACCGAGCAGAGCUUUACGCACGGUCAUACAGCGGGACCGCAUGAAGGACGGAGGCGGAAAGAAAAGGGGAAAAGUUGAAUGCCGUAGCGGGGUUUGCGAUGGAUAAAGGCUCGCCAAAGGUCUGUGGAUCCAAAUGUCACCCCCCCUGGACUCUGCCCUGGUCGGGGACCAGCAGUGUGUGACGGACAGGCAAGUGGAGCCUGCGGUGGCUCUCUUACUGCGUGGCUUCAAAUUGGCCCUGGCUGAGCUCUGCAUGGAGCAGCGAGUGAAGAGUCCUGCUAUGGUCUGAUGUCUCAGCAUGGAUGGAGUCAGUCAGAGGACUGGCCACCACUAAUGAGACCAUCGCUCUUCAGCUGAGGACUAGCAUUUACAGGAUUACUCCCACGGUUUCCUGCUCUUUCCCCAGCUAACUGCAUCAUUACCAAACUGUUCUAGGUGGACUUUUCGUGGCUCUGGUUUUUGGUGGAUAUAUACGUCAUUGCCUUCCUGAUUUUCAGAUUUGUUUUUGUUUUUUUUUAUUGUUGGUUUCCAUUUUCCUGUUUUGUUUUUCCACUAUGGAGUUUCUGGCUGGACCCUGGAAUAAAGAUUGGGCUUCAUUCCUGCAGUUUUGGUUGACUGUCAUCCUAAGCCUCCAAAUGCAAUUCAGCCCGGGUGCCUCUUGCCCGGAGGAGUGUCGUUGUGACAAAUCGUUUGUGUACUGCAACGAACGCAGCCUGACAUCAGUGCCUCUGGGGAUGCAGGAGGGCUACAAGGUCCUCUACCUACACAACAACCAGAUCAACAAUGCUGGCUUCCCUAUGGAACUUCACAAUCUGGCUUCUGUGGAGACUGUGGUUCUCUAUGGCAACCAGCUGGAUGAAUUCCCCAUCAAUCUGCCCAAAAACACCAGGGUCCUGCAUCUCCAGGAGAACAAUAUCCAGACCAUCUCCAGGGCAGCGCUGGCCCAGCUGACUCAGCUGGAGGAGCUUCACCUGGAUGAUAACUCCAUCUCCACCGUAGGGGUGGAAGAAGGGGCCUUUAGGGAGGCGGUAAGCCUCAAACUCCUCUUCCUCACCAAGAACCACUUAAGCAGCGUUCCCAUUGGCCUUCCUGAGGACCUGAAGGAGCUGCGGCUGGACGAGAACCGCAUUGCUGUCAUUGCAGAGGAGGCUUUCCAGAAUGUGACACGCCUGCAGCGCCUCCUGCUGGACGGGAACCUGCUGACGGACGAGGGCAUCGCUCCAGGGACCUUCCAGGACCUGGCCACCCUCCGUGAGCUGGCCCUGGCCCGCAACUCGCUCACCUUCCCCCCUCCCCUCCUGCCCAGCCAGUCGCUGGUCAAACUCAGCCUGCAGGAGAACCAGAUCGACCAGAUCCCUGUGGCGGCCUUCGCAGGUCUGAACAGGCUGGAAAAGCUGGAUAUUUCCAACAACCAGCUUCAGACUCUGACGCAGGGCGUGUUCGAUGGCCUGUCGAGCCUGAAGCACCUAAUAGUGCGAAACAACCCAUGGCGCUGCGACUGCGCCGUGAAGUGGGUGGUGGUGUGGCUCAAAUCCCUGCCUUCCUCCAUCAACGCCCGAGGGUUCGUGUGUUCGAGUCCGGAGAAGGUGCGUGGCAUGACAAUCAGAGAGCUCACGCUGGAUAUUAUCGAGUGCCCCGUUCACCCCGACCAGCCGCCCUGGCCCACCCUCCGCUCCACACCCCCUCCCCCACCCACCACCACCCCUGUCACCACCAUGAUCUCCACCCUCAUCACCACAUCCGCCCCUUACUACUUCGACUCCCCCUCCCCUCCUUUACCUCCAAUCCAUAACAACCCCCCUGGACCCCUGCCUCCUUACGAGGACCCCCUUCAGAUCUCCUUCCACGUGGUGAACUCUACCAGCAUCGAGGUGAGCUGGGCUUCGUAUUUCACCGUCACAGCCUACAAGGUCACUUGGGUCAAACGGGGCCAAAGCCAAAUAAACGAAGGGAUGCGGGAGAGGACGGUGAACGGGGACCGGCGGCACGUCAGCCUCACCAACCUGGAGCCGCGCUCAGUGUAUCGGAUCUGCGUGCACGUUCUGGACACCCUUAACUCCUACAGGCCCGGAGAGGAUACGGUUUGCUCCGAGGCCAGGACCAAGGCUCCCGCGUCUACGAAGCCUCCCGGCAGAGAACAAGCUCCUCAGGACAGCAUCAACUCGACGCUGCUAAUGGCGGGGAUCAUAGGCGGCGCGGUUCUUAUCAUCCUGGUGACGCUGCUCGGCCUGUUCUGCUGGCACAUGCACAGGAAGAGCCGGUCGUCUUCGACCAAGUGGAAAUACAACCGCGGCAGGAGAAAAGACGACUACUGCGAGGCUGGGACCAAGAAGGAUAACUCCAUUCUGGAGAUGACUGAGACCAGUUUCCAGAUAGUGGCGCUGAACAAUGAGCAGCUGCUCAAGGGAGAUUUCCGCAUUCAGCCCAUCUACACGCCCAACGGGGGCAUUGGAUUUAGAGACUGUCACCUCAGCAACAACAGCAUAGCCUACUGCAAGAGCAGCAACGUGCCCAGUACAGAGUUCUGCCACACGUGAUGCAGCAGCACACAGUACAGCGGCAAACACACACACACACACACACACACACACACACACACACACACACACACACACACACACACACACACACACACACACACACACGCACUCACACGCCAGAAACACUCGCAUAAAGACACACACAUACACCGUUUGUGUAGACAACAAAAAUAUAAAGAUUCUAGUGAAAUAUAACUGUACUAUAUAUAUUUCCAAGUUCUGUCUACGAUGUAAUUUAUACUGUGGAUAAUAAUGUGGGAUUCUCUGCUAUCUUUUUUAUUCCUAGAAGAAGAGAUACAAGUGUUUCUUUUUUUAUAACCAGCAGGGUUUUGAAAGUUGUUUUAAUGGUCAGUACUGUACAUGAACAUGGAUGUGUACAAUCACGGCACCCUGGGUGUAGCUUCUGACAAAAACGCUGUCAGCCUUGGAAAUGUUUGGGGGGGGCGCUUCAGAGGGCUGGGAUACUUUGCUAACCACAGAAGCAAAAAUAUGGCCUUUUCUUUGCGCUUUGAAACCCCGCACACCCUCCCCGGUACAACAGAACAGCGGUAAAAGACAACACAGCACAGGGGAAAUCCAAACACUGCUGAUUAGAGCGCUGUGGAAGUAUAGCACUGGUGUUGUAAAAAAGAAUUGAAGUGCACUUUCUUAUUAAUGGUAGCAAGGCAGGAAAUGAGCGAUCACAUGUAGGGGAAUGUGGAAGGCCGUGAGGGGGGAAUGUCAUCGGUGCUGCUGAAAAGCCUCGGCUGAGAUUUCCCAAAAGUCACACUAAAAGCAUCUUUGUUCUGCUAGUUUACAGUGGAGUGAAGGUGGGAUUAGCCUGGAGACGCUGUUGGAAAAGAGAGAGGACGUGCUAUUUUCAGCAAAUUCAGUUAUUAGCAUGAGCAUUAAAGCAACAAAGGGUGAUUGUGUCUAAUGAGGUGCUGAGACUUGCAGAUCCUUCUUGGAAAAUGUAUUUUUCCCCCUCUGUUUUGGCGAGUGAGGCCACAAGGGGGCAGUUUUCCUCACCGCUACAUGAGUGGGGCAGAGAAAGAGAGGGCAGAGCGAUCACUUUACCUCCACCGUUCCCCUGGAGCCCAUUACCCAGACGGCAUUACUCACGCUCAAACAGCAUUGUGUGGCGUAUUCUUGCUCAUCGAGCUACUUAAUGAUGUGGAAUCAUUUAAAACUAACAGUGUUUUCCGCGUUUGGUGGCUAAAUGAUAUGGAUUUUCACCACUGUGGUCUGUUAUGGGAUGAUGGUUCCUCCCUCUGUGCAUGUGUGUGUGUGAGAGAGAGAUGUGAUGGAUUUUCAGACGGCUCACACGUAAUUAUACACUCACUUAUUUCAUCCCGGUACCGGCGUUCAUUAGACUUUCUGAUAAAUUAUGAAAUUAUACCAGUAAGAUGGCGCCCCGCCCAUGAUUGCGCCUCAUCAAACCCCUCGUCAUUUAUCCUUGUAUCCACGCUCACCAAACGGCCUAUUUCAUUCUCGCUACGCUCACCUGAACAAUGCACCUUCUGCAAGGAUGGCUCUCGCUCAGCCUGCCCACAUUUCCCCUGUUUUCUGUCCCUGCCUGUGUCUGACUCUGCUCUGAUCCCUGCAUGGGCUCAAUUAAAACAGUUUCCCUGCCCUUCAGCUCGUAGGCUGUGGUGGCAGCUCUUUGCAUGUGAGGUGCCAGUGAGAGGUCUUCAUUAUGCACCUCUUAAGAAGACUUUAUUUGACUUGACAUGAUUUUAUUUUGAGGGCCCGAGCUUAAAAGAACCCCCCCCCCCCUUCCCUCCCUCUUCCCAUAAUCCUCAACCAAAAAAGGGAGAAAAUAUGUAGACCUUAUUUUCACUUGGCUGCAUGAGGCUCCUGCUGGGUUUUUUAACUCUUUGCGAGGCUGCUCGAACACGCUCUACACGGCAGACAAACUGGGCUUAAAGCAGAACGAUUUCUCAAGGGCUCGUACUCGUGUUAUUCCAGAGUGUCGGGAUUAUCUCCGAGAGGAUUUACCUCAGCUGUCGGAGUAUCUUUAAAAGUAGCUGCACUUACUGUAUUUCCAGCAAUAGCUCAGAUCACGAUCACACGGACUUUAAUUUGAGACGUGCCCGGCCUCGGUGCUUAAAACCUGUCUAACUACGAACACCAUCAAAGAAUUCAAUCACCUGUCCAAACGUGUCAUUUAGUUUCAUUCUAUGUCUUCAGAUUUAGUUUUCAUUCAGCCUUAAUUGGAAUGUCAUGUUUCUAGAAGCACUUAAAAAGGCAAUAGAAAAUAUUUAAAGUAGUUUUAUGAGAGUUACCUGAGAUGAUUGAAAUCACUGUGAUGUCUGUGUGCUGAAAAUGAGGCCUAGCUUCGCAUAAACACUGGAAACAAGGAAACAGCCAGUCUAGAUCUGUCCAAAGGCAACAAAACCUGACGUGAAACCAGCAUGUGUCAUUUUUACACAUUACUUUGUGUAUGAAUUAAACAAAUAUGAUGUAAUGUGCUAAUUAAUGAGCUUUAGACAGAACUAGACUGGCUCUUUUCCAACAUAUUUCCAGCAAAGCUAACCAGUCAUAAAAUGUGCUAAACCAUGGACGUAGCAUUUGGGUCUAACAAAAAGUGACUAAAACUGGCAUUCCAUCUCCAGCCAGCAGGGGGUGAAGUCUGAUCGUAUAGAAGUCUAUGAGAAAAUGGCCUACUUCUCAUUUGAUUUGUUCUCUCAGCAGACAUUUUCCAAAUAAGUUUAUGGUCUUAGUUGCUGAUUUCGAGCCUCCUUCAAUACAACAUGAUGUUAGUUUUUAAAGUUAUGGUCCCAUAUGGAAUAAAAUAGACAAGAAAGCAUGGUGUGUUUUAAGGAUGGGCAGGCAUCGCUGUCGUAUGGGUAUGCAUGGUGUCAUCGAGUUUUCAUCCAGAUAUACCCCUCACUAGUCAUGCAAUUCCAUAAAACCAAUGGAGAUCAUUACGCCCAUCUUUUAUAUACAGUCUCACCUGUAGCUUCAUAGUCACGAUACAGAAAUUGCUUAGCGUUUCCUUAAGGUAGGAAAAAAUCAUAUCAGUUUUAGAUUUUUACAUCAGUUUGGUGAUGCGAUCUAAUGUGCUAAUUAGUGAUCUUUUUAGCUGCUGGUAGUUUUGGACGUUCCUUUUUCCAGCUAAAUUAACCAGCCUUCAUCUAUGCUCCAUACUUGCAUGUUUUCUAGCAGCCAGCAGGGGGCCUCUCCUCUGGCUGCAGCAGGAAUUUUGAUUCUGUUGAAAUCAAGGAGAAAAUGAUUCUAUUUCUCAUGUGUUACCUCGGUAUCAGGGCUGCCACUAAUGAUUGUUGUCUCUGUCAAUUAAUCGACUAGAUGUUUGGUUGAUAAAAUGGUAAAAAAAAAAAUUGUGUUUCUCAAAUGUCUCAUUCUGACCACAACCCAACAAUAUUUUGUUUAUUUAGUAGACCUAAAUAUCAAAUAGUCAAUUAAUUCUUGCAGCUCCACUUGGUAAACACUGCACUGAUGAAUUUAAAGACUCAAUCACUAAUUUCAAGCAUUAUAUUAUCGGUUAUGGUUCCAUUUAAAGUAUAACAAACAGUGAUCUGUUUCCAAGCAGGACCACCGUUUCCACGAGCUUUCAGUUCAGUCCAACCCUUACUUAUCACAUCUGGUUGCAAAAACAUGACUUUUAAGGCAAAACAUCGCAGUUGCUACGUCCAUCUUUUACAUCCAGGCCAUGCUCUCAGCUGUAGCUUCAUAUUUACCACACAGAUAUGAGAGUUAACAAAAAUGUAAAAUACGUUCAUUUGUGCCACCACCAUCACCAGAUAACCUCCACUUCACCUCGACUUGUAUUCAUGAUAGGUUUGGAUGAUUUCAUGGCUUUAUUAAUAUCUUCUGUGGUUAUCAAAGCAUCUCCACUUUUUUUAUUUCUACUAAUAUCCACAUAUCAGACACAUCCAGACCGUCCAUCGACACCCACCGGGCCGCCCUGCCCCGCGCUCAGAUCAACCCUGCCGAGCGCCUCGCCGACAGUUCGUGGCGUGGUUCUGCUUCAUGCGGCGCCAGCUGACCAUGAUCCCACGCAGCGACACUUGAACAUGUACAACCGAUGCUGUUUUUUUUUUUCUGUUGUUUUCGCUUCUCGAUUUUAAAAGAAAGCCCUAUUUUAAGUCACUUGUGGAUCAAGCAAGUCAGGUCAAACCAUUGCAACGUCUAGCAUCUCCCCUGUCUGUGAAUGUGUAACGGAGACAGAUAUUUGCCUUACCUUUUAUGCAGGACUGAAUGAUUAGCUGGAGAGGGAGCAAAGUGUGAGGAAGAGAAAGCAGCAGAGAGGAUGAGACAUAAAGAGACGGCAACACGAAUGCUGAACCGAAAGCACAUUUCUCCGAACCGACUGCGGCAACAAUAACAGGAAGAGCGACACACAGUAGCUAACGAGAGACUCCGUAGUGCCAGAAAUGAAGUGGUGCAUUGCUAAUGAUUGGAGCAGGCUGGGAAAGGAGCUGCGCUGGUUGUUUUGCAGCGAAUAUUACUCUUAAUUUUGAUGAAAGAAGGCGGCCGCGGCGCCGUGACCAAUGGAAUUACACAAAACAUAUUACAGACUGCGAGCGUCGGUUUUAUUGCUGUUUCAGGGUGCCGAGAAGUAAUUUCCCUUAAAGCCCAUUGAAUCGCGUUGAAAUAAUUAUGUUUAAUCACUGAGACAGACGGAACACAUGAAGCUGAAUAGGUUUAAAGUCACCUUUUCUUCCCGCAGGCUGCAAAUAUCUAUUAGCCAGCGAUAUUCAUUCAAGAGUUUUUGCAUGUACUGUAUUUAGCUUCAUAGCCUUUCAUUUUUGUCACACCAGGGUUUGGACUUUCAAAUCUUUUCCUUUUUUUUUCUUUUCCGAGAGGUGGUUAAGAAACAGCGUGAGCGACCACAUGCUAAGGUUUUUAUGUGGUUUAGUGGAAGCAGGCAGGAACUUUACAGUGCAUGUAAAAUGGCUAUGUUGGGAUACUUUGCCAUCCUGGCGUCUGGAUUCUCAUCGAGACACCGCAGUGUUACGUUAGCCAUCCACACCGAGACGUUUUCUUAGGAACCAAAGUUAAAAAUUUCUGUUCUCAUGAUGAAAUAUUGAUGUUGUUCCAUGUAUGUGCCUUGAGGUUGAACUUACAAUGUAAAGUCCUUGAAACCUUUAAAUGUUUUUGCACAAACUGUAAAUACUUAAGUGAAGCUUUUUGAAAAUAAAAGAGCCAUUGGAUUUGA